AUGCCCUACACUGCGCCGUUGAAGUCGUUGCUCGCCGCGCAGCACAUUGAGUACUGCGGACCUAAACCAGACGUCCUUCCAGAAAGGCCUGGUUUGCUUCGCUCUGCUUCAGAUCGCCUGCAAGGCUCCCGAUCUUAUUCCUCUACCUCGUAUGUUCGACGCCACAGGAGGAGUCCAUCUAUCUCCACGUCCCCCGUGCAAUCCCCCGAUUCUGCACGGCUGACUGGCCACAUCAUUGACCCCCAUGCUAGUCUCCGCCAGUCCCCACCUCCAUUGAGCCAUGCCGUCAUCCCACCAGGGGCGAUAAUCUCGCCGCCCGAAUCCGCCCCGAACUCAGACGAAGAGUCACCUCAUCAAUCGUCAAUCAAACUCGAGGACCUCGAGGCAGCGUUCAAGGCAAUCGAACAACGAAAGGAAUCGUCUCCGGAGAGAAUGGGCCCCACCGCCAGAGGAAACGAGGCUCGCUCCUCAUCGAGUCAACCACACUCACUACCCGCCCUCAAUACGAAACCCAAUCACUUACGACUAUCCAAGACGGCUCGAAAGAUCUCUCACUCACGAUCAUCAACAGAUCCCGCUAUUACCUUACGGCAGGAGGAGGCACUGACAAGCUCCCCCGAUGACAGUGAUGUGGAAAUCUCACCCAAGCCCAUGAUGGUUCGGAAGAAGUCGGGCGAACUGGUUCGUCCGGCUCUCCGGCCCGCAACCGCUCGACGUCGACCAUCCAGCAUGCCGGGAACUCCGGUCUAUGCCAAGGCAGUGCACUUCGACUCUCAUUUGGAACACAUUCGUCACUUCUUACAGCUCGACCGACCAUUGGCUGUCAGUGCCGAAACAUCCCCAGUCGACGACCAUGACACCGAGGGUGAAUUCCCAUUUAGACAACAACAGGAAGACAAGACCCCAGCAUGGGAGUGGGAGCUUCGGCUUGCCAACUUCCCCAAGGACUCGUCAAUCCGUGCCACAAACCCCGUUCGUCUAGAAAGAUUGUUCCUUUCAGGUGACAGGAAUGUCUUGGUCGGUUCGGUUGCCGUGGCAAACUUGUCGUUCCACAAGCAUGUGGCCGCUCGAUUCACCUUUGACCACUGGAGAACUGUUUCCGAAGUGAGUGCAGUUUUCUGCCACGAUGUUCGCCGUAAACAUGCAGCCGAUGGUUCCGAUCGAUUUUCAUUCGAGAUCAAGCUGGAUGAUCAGGCCAACCUCGAGAAUAAGACCCUCUUUAUCUGCAUUCGCUAUAACGUUGAUGGUCAAGAGUAUUGGGACAACAACAAUGGCCUCAAUUUCCAGGUCGAUUUCCACAAAGCAAUCAAGACUAUUGCCCCUAACAAACCAUCAAGUGGAUCCCGACCUGCACUUCCCCGCAGUCGGACGUUCACUGGUUCCCACACACGUCCCCACUCGAUGCCCCCAUCAUUUGACGAUUUCCCCGAAAUCAGCAAGAAUGUACCCUUCAACAACCCAUUUGAUGAUCCGAAAGGCUCGCCCUUGACCAAGGUUUCAUCAGAUGAUAUGGACACCUGCGGCCCUCCCAAACGUCGGGAGAAGCCUAGUCCUCAGGCAUUCGGCAACCGAUACGAUUUUGGCGCUUCGUUAACUGCUGCGAUUCGAACCAAGCCUCCUGUGGAUCGAACAACUUUGACAACACGAGCACGAUCUGGACAGCCCACCGGUGCUGACGCCAAACCGACCCGGAAGGUUUCAGAGAAUUUGCGGGGCGAGUCUUCUCCAGUGAGCAAAUCCUGUGACGGAGCCCCUGCCGAAACUCCGAAACCUUCCUCACUGGUUUCUAGCAAGCCGUGUCUCGAGUCCUCGGUCUACAAAGAGUUGGUUGAUAAGUACUGCUUUUAUGGUUCUUCCAAGUCUUCAACCACAAAGCAUCCUAGCGAGGAGGCCGGCAGAAAUUUCCCUUCUGGAACACCAUCACCCCCUCUGUCUCCCGGCUCUCCGGCUCCUCUCGAAUCAUCUCCCAUUGAAACACCUCGUGAAUCCCGUGCUCGGUCACCGGCGGCCCUGAGCCCGCGUACAUCCCCUCGCAGCUCACCGUCUCCUAUGUCCCACCGUUAUCCAUAUCACCAGACCUUGCAACAUGGAUUCAUGAACGACCCUCCGUCGUCGCCUGUGAUUAGAGGGUGA